AUGUUCAUCGACGGCGACCCAACGCGUUGGCUUGCUCCUCCACCCCCAUACGCCCCUCUCCAUGGCAUAGAGGUGCCUCCGGGCGUCACGCACACUCUGCCCAGGUUUAUGAAUAUCACUGCGGCGGAAAUGGUACAAACUCGGCCCUCCUCCAAAGUAUCUAAGGAUGAAUUAAAAACUUCCCGUUUCGGAAUGUUAUUCACCGAAGAAAUGCUUCUGGACUUUUUCUCUUAG